AUGCCUUCCCGAUUCAUGUUGACUCCCAAGGCUAUUCGCGCCAUAGUCUUCUCAGGCAUCACUAUUCUCCUGUUGCUGACCUGGCCGGCUUACAAAUACUCUUCAUUACCCGACCAUAUCACUAUCGAUAUCGCAAAUAGCCAGACGAUUGACAUCACACAUCCAGUACCACCGGAUGCGACUAUAGCCUUCGAGAAACCUUCCGGAUUACGAGUGAUUGCACUGAUCUUCUACGGCCGAGCUGAUCGAGUCCGUACCUUGCACUGCUAUCUUCAACGCAAUCUCCCCGAGCAAGGCGGUUGGGUGGACGAGGUCCACUUCGUGCAAGACACCGACAACGAAGAUGACCUUGCAUACCUCCGCACACUUGCGGCAUCCAACCCACGCUACAAGCUUCUGGACAUCGAUCCCUUAAGAGCAAAGGAGGAUAAGUUCUCGGCGAAUUGGGAGCUGCUCGAGCGCGACGCCAUCUAUGUCAAGAUCGAUGACGAUCUGGUGUUUAUUGCCGAUGAUACGAUACCACGUCUCGUCUAUCGAAAGUUCCAUCAUCCGGAAUACUUGGCCUUGUCCGCCAAUAUCAUCAGCAGUCCAUUGAUGAGCAAGGUCCAGUACGAUAAUGAUGCUUACUUCCCGUACUUGCCCGCGCACAAUUCGUCUUCUGCAACUGCCUUCUUGGAGCAAGGACGGGUCCGAGAUCAGAGUGCGACGAGGUGGCGACAUACGCACUAUCCCGGUUGGAAAGGGCCUAGCAAUUAUAGCAUCGAUGCAGCUCUUCCAACUACAGGUCUGUCGCCAAUCUGGCUUCGACUAUCAGAGGCUCGAGAUAUUGAACGUACGCCAAUUCGUGACCUUGUGUACGAUACAUGGGGCCCAGGCUGCACCUCUUGGUCCGUGGCAGCGCAAAGCCAUAUGUCUCUGCUUGAGCAGCUGCUUCAUGGUACGACUAGCAUAUACUACAACAACAUGACAGACAUUUGGACCACAGAUUACCGGCGGCUUUCAAUCAACUUCGUGGCUAUCGACAGUAACGAGGUCUUGUCACAUUUGCCAAUCGGUGCGGAUCUCUGUGACGAGGAGUGGUUGACGGUGAAUCUGCCGAAGCGCAUCGGUAAGCACAUCGCUGUAGAAACCCGUGCUCUGGCGUCACACUUCUCGUUCUUCUUCCAGCGAGCUGUGGAAUAUACAGAUAUUCUAGAUCGAUAUGCGGACUUCGCGAACGAUGUGGUCAGUUUGCAGCCGCGACGGUAUGGUGUGCCGAUUCUUCGAAAUGGAGGCAGCAAUGUGACGCAAGAGCCGUCUGUUACCAACGGGUCUCGCAUCUUUGGUUCUAGUGAUAUAUCGUGA